UUAUCUGUAAAACACGCGUUUUAAAAUCGCGAAGUCAUUCUUUUCGCUUUAUUGAGGAUAAUACAUCUUGGCUCAGAUGAGAUUCUGAUUAAUGUCCUUAACUCGGCGUAACUUUGUCAAAGAUAGCGGAGAAAAAUAAAGGGACGUGACUCGACUAAUUCGAUUUUUACGACAGAGAGAGUUAAAAAGAAUUAUAGCAUUUGGUUUAGAAAUGAGGGUUUAAAUGCUUGUACAGGUUUAUAUAAAAUCUUUUGAUUUACCUGGCAGAGAAAACAUAAUAAGAAAAAUGAUCUGUAUUCUUCUUUUGAAAUCUCUACUGUCAGAACAGCAAUGUAUUUGACGGUAAAACGUCAUCUAGUUUUCUUAUAAAUGUUUAUGAAAGUUUUCUUCAAAUAUGAAAACUAAAAUUCUAUUUGCAUUGUGUUUCGCAUUGUCUUUGUGUGUAGACGUGUAUGCGGAACCUGAACAGGAAGUACGUAGAGGGAGUUAUCCGUUUAUGGCAUUCUUAUAUUACCCUGAUGAGACGGUAGUAGACGGUACAGGAGCCAGGUUUCUUCGCGGCGCAGUGCUUAUUCGACCAGAGUGGCUCUUAACUUCUGCUGUCGGCUCCAGUAUUUCAACAGAUGGUCCUAACGGUUUCCCGCGAAAAACACUCCUAGCCAGGAUGGGAGCAGUCACAAUUGAUACAAAUUUUACGCUUAACGAAGAUGAGGACGAACAGGAACGUGAGAUAAUUCAGAUAGUACGGCCCUACAAUCACAGUUCGACGCAGUGGUGGCGUACAGACAUCUCUCUCAUGAGGACUUUACUACCCUUUAACCUGACGUCCGCUGUCGGCGUCAUAAAUAUCAGCACCAGACGAGAAUACCUUGAUAAGACCUGCAAAAUACUUGUUUAUGCCAAGAAAGAUGGCAAUUGGACUGAAGAAAGGAAUUUAAUGCAACUGACUGUCGAAUUGCUACCACCUUCAAUCCAGAACUGCGGAUCCCACUUCCUUGGGAACACCAUGACGUGUGCUUCUGAUAGCGACGAAAACAAAAAUGCAGUUUAUGACCCCAACUUUUGCCAAGGCAACAGCGGUGGGCCACUCCUUUGUGACAGAGAAGUGAUGGGAAUCCAGACCUACAUUGAUAAUGAUUGCAAGCAACCACAUCUGUACCAGUUGUUGGCAGCUUGGGACAAUUUCAUAUCUUGUGGCACUGGAAAUAAAUGUCACGACCAUGUUUGCGCUCAUGUCUGUGAAGUCGCUAAUAAAGAUCCUCCCGUAGUCAACACUGGUACAACAUCUACUGUCAAACCGCCAUCUAACUUGAUGCAUGCGACGACAAGUAAUGCCGUACCGAUCGGAUCUUCUGCCGCGGCGGAUACGACCUCUGAGGAAUCUGAAACGGGCUCCCCGACUCCCACUACCGUCUCCUCCGAAGAAACUACAACAGCUGAUCCAGCAACCGUGCAUGAUUCUGGUGACCGUGUAGACACAGUGGAAACAAAGUCUUGGCCUAAUGAGAAAUACCCAAGUGAGCGUAAGAAACUAGAACAAGGAGAAGCAGAAAGUUCAGACAGGAAACCCAGUGUUGAAGCCCAACAGCAUGAUAUUCAAACAAGAAGUGCCGGACGGAGCAACGUGUCAAAUUUCCAAACUUUAUUCUUUGGUUUCUUCAUUUUGGCGUGUUUGAUUUAAUGUUCAUUUUAUUGUCAUAUUGUUUGAAAGAGUAUUAAACUUUUAAUUUUCCUCUA